CAUUUUUCUGCAUUGUAUAUCGGGGAAGAGGAAAUAACAUAAAAUUAAAAUGCAUGAACAAAGUGCUUAUGCUGAAUUCAAAGGAUUCAUUCGAGAUCCUUGAUAUUUUUUUUUAAUAUCAAAGAAUGUCAGGGGCAGCAAACCCGGAGUCGGAGGGAGUUGUCUCCAAGGUAAAAGUCAAAAAACAGAUCAAGACAAUCGUGCAGGAUUUAGAAAACGUCUUGGGAGAUUUGAAAGAUGUGGCAAAAGAGCUGAAAGAGGUGGUGGAUGAGAUAGACACUUUGACAAGCAGCCUGCGUCUGGAGGAGGAGAUGACGGACAGCUCCAAAACAGACACGCUCAACAGCAGCUCCAGCAGCACCACGACGACCACGACUGCCUCCAGCAUGGAGAAGAUCAAGCCCCACCCAGACGAGUGCCUGUGCCACCCUCCGACGCCUCCAUCGCUAAACCCAGGUGUCCUCACCGUCCUGAGGAAGCCCCACCCCCCACCCCCGCCCCCUCGCCUCACCCCCCUCCGCCCGGACGAGCACACACACACCCUCACACACACCCUCACCCGCAGCCGCAGUCCCGGACGAAAGCCCAACGGCACUUUGAUGCGGAACGGCGUGUUUCCUGGGAAACCAACGGCACUCCACAACCUCGACUCCUGCUGCCCACCCAGACCGAUUCCUGUGGACAACAGCAAAGCACUGGUACCUGUCGUACCCCCACCUGUCCCCAUGCUGCUGUCAAGGCACGACAAGAGUCGGUGUCUGCAGUCGUCGGCGGUGGCUUCCAAUGCUGUGGUUGCCACGGCAGCCACAACCCGUGAGCGGGUGCGCUUCAGUGAGACUGUGCAGUACCAUGGCUAUUGCCCAGACUGUGACCUGCAGUACGAAUUAGAUCACACGGACCUCCACCUGCACGAUGAGCUUGUUGAGGAGCAGGUCAGCCCCACGCACCGCUGCUGCUCGUCCCCCUCGUCCCCCCCUCUCCCUCUGGAGAACGGUGGCCUGACCACCAGCCACAGCUUCCCCCUGUCUGGCCCCAUGCCACCGCCCUGCACACCCCACUCCUCCACCCUCAAACCGGCCAAGACCAUCCUACGCAAGUCCACCACCACCACCGUUUGACCUCUACCCUGCUUCCAUUUAGUAUGAAUUGAAAUCUAAAUAGUUCUAAACAUACAUCUAUUUUUCUUUUAUGAAAUAGUUGUCUAUUUUUACAAGUACUGUCUAGAAAUGGGAUGAAGGAAUUAAUUAUCAGAUGAUCAAAAGUGAACUUGGAGACGCAUCUCACACGGGGCAUGCAGUUCAUCUGGAUGUGUUUGGUUAUCUGCUCCUGUGCGGAGCACUGGGGACGCCGACCAGGACGGCGAGGUGCCACCGGACUGUCCAGCCCUGGGGAACCUUCCAGUAACCACCACCACGCUGUCUCACUCAUCACAGCCAGAGAUGCAGCAGAAGCAUCCCUCACGUGUGCAACACACCACACAUUCGGGGGAGGAAUGCUUUCGCAUAUGGCUAAGCCGAGUGAUUCACUUCCAAAGAAGCGGCAAGUUCUCCCAGAGGAAUUGAACGUGACCUGCAUGGUGGGAAAUCUUCCACAGAAGAUGCCAACAAAAUUGUCUUAAGGAAAUAAUAAUGAAACAUGAAUCAUGACCUUUGGUGAAGUGGCACAGCAUUGGUGGUUGAGGCUGUGCAGUGCGAUAUGUGUGUGUGUUUCUGGCCUCUUUCCUGAUGUGUUCACAUAGAUCUGCUCAGAAGGAGAGCCACAUAAAAGCUGUGGUGUAAAAUCUGGAGAUUUCUCUCUGUAGCGUAGCACUGGUCACUUGCAGUGGCCAUCAUAGUGGGUUGGUUUUCCCUAAUGCCACUAGAGGGCGUGAGGGAUGUGAUAGGAAGUGACGGGUUCUAUACAAACACGCCGAGAUGCCCAGGAUGGAGAGGACAAUCCUUCUCAGCAAUUUCAAAAGCAGCAGGGUUUGACUAAAAACAGAGAGAGGGGAAAGAUGUUUUAAGUACAUAUACAUAUACAUAUAUAUAUAUAUAUAUAAAUAUAUAGUAUACAUAGGGAGAUUUUUCUAAAGAGAUUUUGAAUAAAAAAAAUAUUUUUGAUAUUUCACAAGAUGAUUUUAAAGAUUGCUCACUACUUUUUUGCAGUACAGUAAUCUCAGCAGGGCAUAUAUGGAUAAUUUAUUUAUGUAUACUUACAAAGUACAGUUAAAGAAAAAAUAUUUAUAUGCUUCUUACAUAAGAAAAACAGAAAAAGUGGUGUGAACAAAAUACGAAAUAAAAAAAAAUAAUGAUGCCAAAUACAUGUUUUGUGAGACAAGGCAUGACCCACAGACAGAGAGCAGGAUGGACUCCUCCACAUCAUUCAUUGUUGUGGUCUUCUAUGCAUUUGACUAGAGAUGGUCUCUGGAAACGCUGUGACUGUUUUCUGUCCUUUCUGUCCCUUCCCUUUGGUCUGGUUUCCCCAUCCCAGUCCCUGUGUCUUGUGCAGUAUGUCUGGAUGGGCUGUACACAGUCCCUGUGUCUUGUGCAGUAUGUCUGGAUGGGCUGUACACGGUCCCUGUGUUUUGUGCAGUAUGUCUGGAUGGGCUGUACACAGUCCCUGUGUCUUGUGCAGUAUGUCUGGAUGGGCUGGUCCUUUGUCUUCUGCCUACUUUGUUUCCCAGCUGCUCUCCUCUCUAUUCCUCCACUUAGCCCCUCCCCCCAUUCUGUCCUUCUUCCCCUUCCUUCCUGACUCCCUCCCGCCUCCCACACACACUCUUCCAAUGGUUGGGCUAGAUGCUGGCCAGGGCAGGUCAGCUUGAUGUCAGUAGAGGAAUGUCAGAGAGACAUGAGUUUCUACCAGACCUUGUGAAUCAUUGCACUUUGCACUGUCAAUUUUAUUCUUUAUACAA